AUGUUUCAUACACAUAAAUUUAUAAAGUUGGCAAUACACAAGCAUCGCCAUUUUCAUGUUAUACAUGGACAUGGUGGACACGAUGAUGAAACAGUUGCUGGUACAAGUACUGUUGGUGGUACAGGUACUGGUACAUAUGCAAAAGAAUUUAUUAAACAAAUAGAUUGCUUCAGCAUAAAAGUCACGGAAAUACAAAACAAACAUGAGAUCAAUUGCUGCAAGUAA